GAGGACAGAAAAUAUCAGGUCGCUAUGAGUGCAGUGGACUUGCCUGCAGGAGUUACGCAGGAUGCUGCCUUUGAUUUCUUUGAGAAAAAUCUGACAACUGAGUUGCUCCACAUCUUUAACGAGUGUGGGGUUCCUGUCGGGUUGCAGUUCAAGCUUGGCCAGCAUUUCAAGAACGUAAAGAAGUUCUCAACUUAUGCUGACACCAGGUCAGAUGUCCGUGCUGCACUUAAGGCGGAUCAUGCCCUCGAGGCCACCAAUCAAGAUACGCGGGCGGCAGUGGCCUCAGUGGUCUCAGUUUGGGAAUCUUGCCGAGAGUUCAGUGCAAAGGAGAGUGAGGUCAAAGCUGAAGCUAGGGUGCUGGGUGUUAGUCGGCCAAUCACGCAGACUGAGCAUCAGGCCAUGCGGAUCUCUUACGAGAAAACCUUUGGUAGUCUUGACGAAGUGGUUGAACCUUCGGCUGAUUAUCUUUCGACCAAAAUGGAAGAAGUUGAAAAUGGUGAGAUUGUGGCGUCGCCUCUUUCAGAUGUCACCAGCAAACGCAAGGUGAAGACCCUUGGCAUUCAAACCAGCGUGGAUGCUGGGGGGCACGUCCGGAUCGUCAAGCAGCGUAACAAAGGUUCGUUACCGCAGAACACGGAGGAUCUUCGUACUGUGUUGCGUGUGGUACUGUGUUUGGCCUGGCUUCUCCCUCGAGAAGAUGCGCACAAAGCCACGCAGGCAGAUCAUGGAGGUGCCUUUUAUGCUGGAGCAUUUCUUCGAGGAGGUUUGUAUGGCCUGCGCUCCACUUGCAACUCCCAUCCUUUCUCCAUCCAGUGCUUUACCCGACUUCUGCGGGAAAGGUUCCCCAAUCAGGUCUUCACCUCCUUUGGUAUCUUCUUCAACGUGUUGACUUCCAUGCACCGCGACUCGCGUAAUGCUGCUUUUCCUAAUCUGUUGCUGGCAUUGUCCAGCUUCGCUGGAGGCGAGGUCUGGCAAGAAGAGCCCGGUGGACACGUGCUUCGCGCUGUUCAGGGAACUUUGGUGGAGGGUAGGCUGCUGGAUGUCGCUGCAUCGCCCCAAGUGCUACAGGCGCAUCUUCGUUUUCAUUGCACAGAACCUUGGUCCGGUGACCGUGUGGUACUGGUUGGCUUCUCCGUUGAUUGCACCGGCUUGCAAAACUCUCAAAUCUGCCAGCUUCUAGACCUGGGAUUCGUGGUGGUUCAGACUCCUGCGGAGAAAGGGGGUCUGUCUGAGCCACACCAAUCUUUUCCUCCUCUUCCUCCAGUACUCACUUCUGGUGCCCCGACAUCUCAAGCAGAAGGUACAGGUCAGGUUGCCCGUUCCUUUCAGGUGCCAUGCCCAGGUGCCCAGGUCAAUGCAGGUCCAGGUGCACGAGGUCAGGCAUCCAGCUCAUCUGCGCCCGAAGUGCAGCUGCUGUGCCCAGGUGCUCAGACAGGUCAGGUAUAG